AGACAGCAGGAGGGGAAUGAAGGUGGAGAGAGAGAAAGAGAGAGAGAGAGAGGGGUGUACAGUAGCUCCCUUCCUCAGGCAAAUCCUACAGGAGGAGUCCGUCCACGAGAGAGAGAGAGAGAGAGAGACAGAGCACAGGAACGUCAGAGUUGGAAGACAGAAUUGGUCCUGGUCUUUGCACCCUGUGCUCGGAGCAGAUGUCAGCGCUCUCGUAGUGUGUUUUCUUCAGCUGCUGCAAGGCUGAGAGCAGCUGUACGAGCCAGAAGACUGAGAUGCAGAGCAUUGUGGGAACAGCAACCUCAGGAACAUGACCAACCCACAAUUUCUUGUUGUUGGAUAACCAGAAAGUACUCAGGAGAGAGUUCCUGGCAUCUUUAACAACAACAAAAGAAAAACACAGACACACACACACAUAGGUCAUUUCCAUAGUCUGAGUGUUUAUGCUUGUGUCUGUGUGUGUGAGACCUUCUCGGUCCUACGGGGAGUCCUGGAGUACUGUUACACCAAUAGUCACCCCUUAUGAAUGUUUCAUCUGCUGGGAGGAGAAAAGAGCCUUCUUUUGUCAUCUAAUACGGCUGUAGGCCACACACGCUACCUUCAUUUUUCACUCACCUCGACAAGAUCGUCCACCCAAACACCAUCAAGUGCUCUUUGCUGGGUAAUUGUGUAGCUAAAACAAGAAGAAAGAGCUCAAUCGAUCGUCAAGAAAGGACUCUUCAAAGAGGAGUAGAUGAUCGACUUUUGACCGAAGUGCCCUGGCAUUAGGCAACUCUUGGAGAACUCAAGAUCAACUUAACACCUUAGUUUCCUCUUGAAUCUUUAACCUCAGACAGUUCCCCGGUUGGCUUCUCACCUUCCCUGGAAGCAGGGAAGUAACUGUAGCGUCUCCAUUUCGCAUCUUACCGGUGAUCACAGAGGCAGGGGUGGUGAGCUCGGAGCAUGACGGACACCCUUCAGCUGCCGUCGCUCCAGGUGCACGUCCCCCGGGAUGAGCCCAGCCAUGAAGAGGAGGAUGGCGGUGGGAGCGGAGGCAGUCCCGACAGCCUUGUCUGGUCCAGCUCGUCCACCCCCACCUUGCGGCGCCGGCGCUUUAAGAUGAGACGAAUGAAGAAGCUGCCCAGCGAGCGGGAGCGGAUUGAGAAUGGGCUCCUGCGGCACCCCGGAUCACGCUCAGCUUCCAAAGAGUACCUCCAGCUGCCCUCCAUCGAGAUCACGCCAUCCAGCGACGAGGAUGCAGCCUGGUCAAACAGCUCCACCCCGAGUGCCUCACCCCGGCGCAAACGAUUCCUGCUUCGCAAGUGGCUGAAAGUGCGAGAGAGGAAGGAGCAAGGCAGUGAGAGCAGCAGUCAGCAGAGUAGUCAACAGAGCAGCCAGCAGAGCAGCCAUGAUGAUGAUUCCAGCCGCUUCCUGACUCCCUUCAUCCGUGAGGACAGGGCUGACAGCGGGGCAGACAAGUGUAGCACUGCCAGUAACUCUAACAGGAGUUCCCCUGCCUGCUCUCCGGUUCUGCGGAAGCGCUGUCGAUCUCCCAUUCUGCAGAACGUCGAGACGGACACCAUGGUGGAGAAAGGCUCAGAGCAGUCCGACACCUCCAAGUCCCCCUCCACCCCUGAGCAGCUGGUCACUCGCACCUUCUCCGGCCAGUCCACACGCAGCGGGGGCAAGAACUCCAAGUCUCACAAGCGACUUUCCAAAAAAAGCCAGAGCUGGUACAACGUCCUCAGUCCCACAUACAAGCAGCGUAAUGAAGACUUCAGGAAGCUCUUCAAGCAGUUACCAGACACAGAGCGCCUUAUUGUGGACUACUCAUGCGCUCUCCAGCGGGACAUUCUCCUGCAGGGCCGCCUCUACCUCUCUGAAAACUGGAUCUGUUUUUACAGCAACAUCUUUCGCUGGGAGACACUGCUUACAGUUCGGCUGAAAGACAUCUGCUCCAUGACGAAAGAGAAAACUGCGCGUCUGAUUCCCAAUGCCAUACAGGUGUGCACGGACACUGAGAAGCACUUUUUCACAUCGUUUGGUGCGAGAGACAGGACUUACAUGAUGAUGUUCAGACUUUGGCAGAAUGCACUGCUGGACAAGCCUCUCUGUCCUAAAGAGCUCUGGCACUUCGUACAUCAGUGCUAUGGAAAUGAGCUGGGCCUCACUAGCGAUGAUGAAGACUAUGUGCCACCUGAUGAUGAUUUCAACACCAUGGGAUACUGUGAGGAGAUCCCAGCGGAGGAGAACGAGGUCAGUAAUGAUAACUCAUCCAAGAGCAGCAGUGAGAACAAGCCAGACAACAGUUCUCCUCCGUCACACAAGAGAUCAAUCACACACUCCACCAUCACCUCCACCACACCUCCCAGCAGCACUGAUACACCACUGUCUUUUGAUAUUGCAGCUGAGGAGUACACAGACUGCCUUCCUGAUGGAGAUCUGCUGCCGCUCCCUCUGCUGGCUGAGGAGAGGAACAGCGAGCCUGCCAGUCCUCUGGAUCCUGUGCCACCACUGGCACUCGACUUCAACGACAAUGAGGAUAUACCCACUGACCUCAGUGAUUCCUCAGAGACAGAUGAUGAAGGGGAUGAGGUUCAAGCAUUCCACGAGGAUCUGAAUGGCCGUCAGUAUAUUAACGAGGUGUAUAAAUUCAGUGUUGAUAAGCUGUACACCAUCCUCUUCACCGAGUCCCAGUUCAUGACAGACUUCAUGGAGCAGAGGAGAUUUACAGAUGUGGUGUAUCAGCCUUGGAAGAAGGAAGAUGCUGGAAAUCAGACGAGGGCCAUCAUGUACACAAUUUCCCUGACCAACCCGCUGGCUCCUAAAACAGCUACAGUUACUGAGACUCAGACUCUGUAUAAGGCCAGCCAGGAGAGUGAGUGCUACAUCAUCGAUGCUGAAGUCAUCACUCAUGACGUUCCGUACCACGACUACUUCUACACCCUAAACCGCUACAUGCUGACGCGCGUGGCCAAGAACAAGUGUAGACUGAGGGUUUCUACAGAGUUGAGGUUCAGGAAACAGCCGUGGGCGCUGGUGAAGGGCUUCAUUGAGAAGAACUUCUGGAGUGGGCUAGAUGAGAACUUCAAAAGCCUCGAACUGGAGUUAGGAAAGAUGGAGGACGCUGUAAUGGAAAGCCACAGACUGUCUCCUAAAGCUAAAGCAGUCAAGAACUCCACCCUAAGGCGGAGAAAAAGACCCCCCGCCCACCUGCGCACAGCCCAUCUAGAUGAGACCCUCAGUCCUGUGACCACACCAACAGACGAGGAGGUCAUCCACCGCAUCAAACACGUGGCAGGUUCCACUCAGACAAGACACAUUCCUGAGCACACGCCAGGGGGCGGGAUUUUCUGCAACCUCUCUAAACCACUACUCAUCAUCAGCUUUGUGAUCUGUAUAAGUCUGGUGCUACUUGUGUUUUUGAAUGUGAUGCUGUUCUACAAACUCUGGAUGCUGGAGUAUUCUGCACAAAGCCUCACCAGCUGGCAGGGCUUACGCCUGCAUGAAAGCAGUAAACUGCCGCAGACACAGAUGGAAUGGGCACAGCUCCUGGAGUCCCAGCAGCGCUACCACGACGCUGAGCUGCAGAAAUGGAGAGAAAUCAUUCAGUCUUCAGUACUGUUAUUGGAUCAGAUGAAGGAUUCCUUACUGAGCCUACAGAAAGGUGUGGGUCUACGAGAUUACAACUCAGACUCGGACGAGAAGAGGAGUCGAUAUUACUGACACUUACCCUCCAGGCCACCAGGGCGCGCUGUGCAAUGUAGAGCCACUUAUCAGAACCAAAGGGCCCUAAUGUUUGUGUAUGACUAUGCAUACUAAACAAAAGAGACACUUGGUAGAGACCAGAAGAAGAAGAGAUGGACCAGAAACUGCCAUCGGCCAAUCCAAGUGGACAGCAAGCCCACAGGUAGUGGGGCCAUAUCUGUCACAUGGAAUUGUGGGAUGGCUAGAGUCCGAAUGGGCUCAUCACUGUUCCAGCUUUCUUUCAGGUUCUCCUUCUAAGGAUGUUACUGUUUGCAAAAGAACUGAACGGACCCUUAGGAAGAAAAAGAAGAGCAUGCUUUUUAUAUUUUGUAGCCCUCCUUUCUUUUGAAGUGUUUUUAUUGGUACAAAGAAUGAGGAAAAUGAUCUUUUAGCUUGGUUUUGACCUGUAACGGCACAGCUGCCCUGUCCCUUUGCCCAUUUCUGAGAGUUUUGCAGAGAAAGCAUUAUGAAAUCUAGUUCACUCAAGGCUGGUUUCCUUGAUAACUCUGCGAAAAUAAUUAAGUUAGAACUAGUUUCCGCAAAAGGGCCACUUGCGCUAAAAACAGAGACCUUACAUUUCUGUGAAGCGUUAACCAUUAUGCUAAAGAGCUUUUGCUCCAGAGAAAGACUGAAAAGGGACACCGCAGCCAGAAAGAUGGAUAAACAUUGUUAGUUUUUGAUUACUAAACUGUGAUAUCCCCUGCUUUAUUUUAAGAUGUAGAAAAAUAUGUUUGAAAUAUAUACUUUAUUCAAGAUUUAAUAUAUAUUUCAGUAUAUAUAUAGAGGUUAUUGCAGAUAUUUAUUGUUAAUUUAUGUACAUAGAACACUUAUCAAAGCUCUAAAAGGAAAGAGUUUAUAAUUAUUAAACUGCGUUUUAUUCAGUGACAUGCACAAGCACGUUUGAGACGUGUCCGUGUGAACGCGUGUGUGUCGUAAGUUGUCUAUUUUGGUGAAUGUAAGAAUGUCCGUGUGAUGUUUUAAAUCAUUCCACUUGUACGUCUUGUGUCUUCCUCCCGGCACAUGAAGCCAAACUGCCUUUUUCUUGCCCAGCAGCUCAGUCCACUGGGCAUCUGUUUACACAUCCGCCUUGCUUCAGAAACCGAGCGGGCAGAAAAUGACCAUCCAGCUCGGCCCGAACCCACACACAUGCUUUCUCUGCUGUGGCACCAUUACUGUUUUUAUUUAGCAUGAGGUGAGAGUCUGGACCAGGAAGCACUGCAGGACACGGCACUGGAUUCGCUUCACAUUUUAAUUGAACCGAUAGCCCAUAUUUUGUCAUUUUUAAAUCAGUCAAAUAAAAGGAAAGUUAUGCGAGGUGGUAAUGGAAUUUUUUUGUUUGUUUUACAGAGCACAAGUGCUCUAGCCUAUAAACCAAAUAUAGUAUUUAUAGAUGGUAGAAUUUAUUUAUAUAUAUAACAUAAAAUGCAAUGAUUCCCUUUUUAUGCAGAAAGAGGACAGUGUAAAAAAUAUCUCACGUGAGACGACAUGAAUAGAAGCGGCACUUUACGUCCAGGCAUUGUAGGACAAAGUCUGAUAUAUGAAAUAUAUGUUUGCUGGCACAUUGCUGGUAGAAUUUAUGAUGAUACUCCAGCUACAAACCACAUGGUAUUGUAUUGAAUGUAUGUUGUUGUUUUUUCCCCCCAGAAAGGAAUCUGCUGUAAUGUAAUUUGAAUCAUAAUUUUAGGUUUCCACAGUCCAGCACUUUGGAGUUUUUUUGGGUUGGAUCUGUAGAAUCCAUCUUUAAUGUUUUUCUGUGCAGUGUUCGAAGCCGGCAUUUUAUUCCAGGAUGCAGUUGAACUACUGAGAUUUUAAGUUUGACAGUUUCUCCUACUAGUUUUUUCGCUGUAAAAAAAAGACUUCAGUUCUAAGACAUUUGUUUUGGCAUUAGAGUGCAUCUGUAUGGUUGUUGGGUGUGUAUUCUGCAAUAUGGACUUGAUUUCUCUUUUUUCAUUAUGUGUGUUUUUAGAAAAGAAGAAUUGCUUAUGGUUUGGUAUUUUAGAACUGAAAAUGAAAUCACUGUCACAAUCAUGUUCACUGUACUGUAUGUGUGUAAGUGUGUGUGAAUGCCACAUGUGAAAUUGUGUUGAAAUUCGUUUUCUUUGUGGACCACCCAUUUUCUUCUCCUACACAAGUAAACUUUUCUGACUCCACCCGAGCAAAAAAUUA